CGUUCUACAUUCUGAUCCGAGGAUCAGCUGGAGGCAGCAAUAAACAGAAGGAAAAUCUGCAGCGGAAAAAAUAGAAGAGAGGAGGAAAAAAAAGCUGCAGAUGUUAUAAUCUAAAAAACAUCAGUGUAAAUUUUUUACACGAAGCCCUUCUUCUAAGAAGAAAGCCUUUUAUUUUUGUAUCAUGGUGUUUUAACUACCUCACUUAAAGACUAUCUAAAGCUAUGCUUUAAGAAUUGUUGUCCUUUCUACUGUGUGUGAGAUCUCGUUUACAACUUGAAUAAUAUUGCAAAGGCAGGCCUUUGCUCCAAACCAAGUGAAACCUUACAUUUGCACUACAGAAGCCUGUCCACUCCUGUUUGUCAAAACCGAGAUCCAGCAAAGGGCUUCUCAGACUCAAAAAAAAAAAAAAAAAACCUGACAAAGAAUUGCUUGAAACAGCAACAAACGUAAACACAAAUAAGAAAUUCAAAAAGGCAGCUACAGCUUUUUCUUUGUGGACGAAAAGAAAAAAAAGCACCUGAGUCAUCAACACUUGACAACACACGCAGUCAUGUUUCAGCGUCUGAGCAACCUGUUGUUUGGGGAGGUAGAGGAGGUGGCGGCGGAGCUGAAUGGACCCAAACCCUGUGUGACGGAGGCCGACGAGGAGGGAUGGAUGCUCGUCAACCUGCCUGAGGGAGCCACAGCAGAGGCCAGCCCGAUGGAGGACCUGCUCAUCGAGCACCCCAGCAUGUCUGUGUACGUCUCCCCGAGCAACUUCUCCAUCGUCUCCAACGGCAACCUGUCUGUGGUGGGAGAAGAAAGCAUCGUCAGCCUGGCGAGCAGCGUGAGCAGAGUGGCAGAGCCAGCUGCUGCCCCCGCCACCCGCAGCACCAUGCCCACCAGGGUGAGCCGUGGAGCAGCUGCCCAGGCCGGAGCUCUGGCCAAGGUCACCCAGGUGGCCCGGGUCCAGCGUAGCAAAGCCCGCAUCGAGCGACGCCAUCUGGGUCGCAACCGCAUCCAACGUCAGAACCGCACCAGGGAGCAGGUCCCUCGCCACGCAGCCCACGCCAGAAACACCUUACUUCACCAGCCCAGCAAGCGUAACUUCUGCCACUAAACCCCUCAGUCACCAGGGGGCAUCGUUUACUCUGAGGGCAUUAGUAGAGCUUAGUCACCUCCAUGACACACACACAAGAUUAAAUAUAUUCAGCCACUGCUUAUUUGCUUUAAUUUCUGCACAUUAUAUCAGAUACCAGUAGACCAGUAGCUUUUUCUGUUUUGGUCUAGUCACAAAUGGACUUCACCUGGUAGUUUUAUGCCCCAUUCUGCUGUUAUGAACCAAGCCCUCUGAGUAGACCUUCGUAGACCUUUAUUAUAAUUGUUGUCCAUUGCAGUAUCCAAACAACUAAAAAAAAAAAUAUUUAUACAGGUUUUCCUUAGUAACAUCUGAAAAACGACAAAAAGUUUAGCUUUAUUGAUUUAUCUAUCUACCUAUCUUAGUAAAAUACUCUUUUUUCUUUCACUCUUCUCAAGGCAUGUUUUUAAUUUAAUUAAUUUAACUAAAUUCAAUCGCUGAGAUUUCAAAAAUUGAAACCCAAGUGUAAUUUAGGACUUUUGGUGGAAACCAUGCAAGACAGAGAUCUUUAUAAUCAUCGCAGAGAAAACAACUCAUCAUGUCUUCGAAGCUUUUUCCUUUACAGGUGAUUGUUUGUUUGUUUGUUUUUUUAGAAAAGGUGGAAGGAUAUACCGUGUGUGACGAGUGUGAGAGGAAAAUCACUAGACUAUGUUUCUCUCAAAGUAAGAGACAAAGGUGAGGAAACAUGGGGCAAACCCUGUUUCAUCACAGGAAACAAACGUUGUGAUAUUUCUCUCUGCUCACUUUGUGAAGGAUGAGAGUAAGUCGAAGAUGGUGAGAGUAUGUGCAAAACAGACUAAAGAGUAAAAAAGUAAUGUUGGAUUAGAACUGGAGAGGUUCCGAUACCAUUUUUUCCCUCUAAUGUUGCGACCACAAUGUUGAGUUAGCAUUGAUACGCUAAUGGCUACUCUUGUAGCUGUAACAAGCAGCGCCGCUAGCAUCAGUUAGCCGCUAGCAUCAGCUUCGUUGUGCUAACUUACAUUAUUGCCCUAAAUGUCAAUCAUUUAUAUUUCCAAGUUUUACCAACUUAAAUCACUGUUUUAGGCCAAAAAAUACAAGUUGGCUUUUUUGCAGUGUACUGGUAUCGGAAUCGGAACAACUCUAAUUAGAACUAGACAUUAUUAAAAGGGAUGAAGAUGAAAUAGUCAUAGGAAAGUGUUUUGUAACCCCCUGAGCACCCUGUGAGCCCUUGUUGUGUUACUCUGGAUCAUAAAUAAUGCACCUUUUUGUGAACAUAAAGGCUGGUGGUAUGGGCUCCCAUAGAAUUAUUGACAAGGAGUAUCAAUGGGGCUGAGGUAAAAAGAUACAGGGCUUGUCUUUGGGUUACAUGGUAUGGCAGGUUAUAGCAAGUGGAGAGCGGUAUUGAUGGCAACUCUUUAUUUUGUUUUGUGACAUUGUUUUCUGCUCAUUUUGUCUUGUAAAUCAUCACAUUAUACACAGCGUCUCUCUCUGCAUGGUUCCACCAAAAAGAAUGAAAAGAAAACUUGUUCCUAUCAGAAGAGAAAGUAAACUUUUGGCCUUUCAGGCCAGCAAGUAAAACGAUCCUUUCCUGUGGAUCGUUCGCAGCAUGAUGAUCAUUAAAUGUGUGGUCUGUAAAAGGCCAUUUUCAUCCACAGUGUGUGCUGUGAUCUUAUCCAUGUGAACACCAAAAUGAAAUCAUUUUAGACAUCAGUCCAUCAGGGAAAGGGGAAGAAAUGUUUUCUUAACACCCCGACAACACCCAACUUCCCUUCGACACGUUCAGAACCAUCAUCUUGCAUCAUGCUUGUGCAACUCAUCGCUCUCUAACAUCUGCUCCAUCGCUGUCCGUCCCUUUCUCAUUAGCACAUCCGGCUCUAGCAGUUUCCACUUAAAGAACUAGCUUAAUGAUAUGUAUUCAACAACAAUAGUAAACAAUGGUGCUGAAGUGUAUACUAAUGUUUGUAAAUUAUUUGAGACAUGGAUGUAAGUUUGCACUGUCAUACAUUUUGUGAGUCAAAGUUUUAGCGGUGUGCUGUGUGCUUGUUUUUUUCUUUUGUGAUGAUUUUUUUUCUUUUCGUUUUGAUUCAAAUUGUGUGUGAGAAAGUGUACUGACACGUCAAAUGCUAGAAAAAAAAAAACACAUGAAUAAUGGUCAUUUAUUUCUCUUGUAAAUAUUACAAAAACAGUUUAUAAUGCUCCGUUAGAUGUCAAAGGCUCUCAGGACUCGAGUCCACAACGUUGAGAAUCCUCUCUCUGCCUCACCUCUGCGCUCAUUAUCAAAUCAAGAGGGCAUUUCAGUGGCCAAACGUGGCGUCUUUGCCCCAACUUCAGUCUCGUCUCUUUGAGAUGCUCCAUAAAAACAGCACUAGACUCAGAGUUGAUGUGCCAUAGGCAAACACUGCCCUCCAGAGGCUCCACUUAGCACAGCUCUAGCUGUAUGGAUGCUGGCGAGGACACAGUACAACGACAUGCUUUGUCGUUGGGGGUUCAUGUUAGAUUAUUUGGAAAAUGGAAAUUUUUGUCUCAUUUAGAUCAUCUUGAAAAAAAUAUAUUUUCCCUUGAAUCACUUUUUUUUCUUUCAUUUCUGCCAAUAAUCCUAUAAAUUACUCUGUUUUAUUUGAAAUCUGUUAAUAUCUGUUAAUUUAUGAUAUAAUUAUGAAUUUUAUUCUGUUUAAAGAUGUCUAUUAUGUACCCCGUUGAUUACUUUGAAUGGUGCAGGAGAGGGAUCUGAGGUGAUGAGUGUAAAAUGCACACACACCCACACAUAGAGAUCUAUUUAGGCUUUCUCACUCCCAAGAGGCUUACUAUUCUAACUGAUUGUGUGUCCAAUGUUGGAUUCUGUUUGCCUGUUGUACAAUGGUACAUAGAAAGUGACAAACAGGGUAAUAUUAAUGAGACAUCACAGGCAAAUGUGUCUGUAAACUGCAAAAAAGGGGUCUAAAAAACAGAUAAAAACACUCAAUCGGAGGGAAAUUAUCUUGCUGCAUGGACAGAUAAUUUUACUUGACAAUAAAUAGAUAAAUUAUCUAACACUUGUAAAUCUAAAGUAAAAGUAGAAGUACCAUGGCAGAUAAUUGGUCUUGUUUCGAACAUGUAACAAUGAUUUUUGUGCUACAAGUUUUCUGAAAUGUUGCUUCGAAAGGCAAAGUAUGCAUUGUCUUAAUGUGCUAAUUUGCAUUACAAUUAUCUGCCAGUGCAGUUUGCCAUUGUAGAAUGGUACAUAGAGGUGUCUAAAAACAAGAUAAAAACACUAGAUGUGAGGGAAAUGAUCUUGCUGCAUGGACAGAUAAUUUCACUUGACGAUAAAUAGAUAAAUUAUCUAACUUCUAAAUCUAAAGGUUUUUUUUUUUUAUCUUGGUAAGAAACAAAUAAUUGUCAGGUCACUCUGCUCGGGCCAGUUCAUCGCUGCUUGCAGCUUUAAUUUAUCUUGUUUUAGAUUUACAGUUAGAUGAUUAAAUAAGCACAUAAAGCUAUGGUCAGUAGGUAAAUUAUACUCAAAACAAUAUAAUUAAGAUACUACUGCUAGAUAUGAGAAGAAAAUACUUGGUAAGCUUCAUGUUUUUUGCAGUGUUGCAUAAAAUUACAUUUCUCAAGUACAACCUCAAUUUAAGUGUACACUGCAAAUUAUUUGGUUCUUACGAAGAUAAAAAGAACUUUGUUAGAUAAUUGAUCUUGUUUUAGGAGUUCAUUUCUUAUUUUAAGCGUUCAACAUGCUUAUUUCUAGAUUUAACAAUCUUAAUUUAAGAAAUCUUGUCAAGUGAAAUUAUCUGUCCAUGCAGCAAGAUCAUUUCCCUCAGAUUUAGUGUUUUUAUCUUGUUUUUAGACACAUUUUUUUGCAGUGUGUGUGUGUGCAUUUGCAAAGUAAAGAUCCCCACAGAUACCUCUCCAUCGCUGCAAACCUGUCCUGUUUGCCUCAGUUUUUAAUUUUUUUCCUUUCUCACCUGUGUCAUGUAAAAAGGAAAUGUUUUCUCAGUAUGUUGUGUGUGAUUAUUGAAACGUGUGGUUUUGAGGGUGAAAGUCAUCCAACAAUGUGGAGAGGGAGUGGUCAGCUGAUGUGUCGAGCCUAUAUGAUUGGACAAAAACAUGAGGCAGGGGAUAGUUUAUAUAUUUAAAAAAAAUAAUAAUUAAAUGUAUCAUAAAAAAAUACAAUAGAAUAUGCUUGUAUUUUCCCAUAUAGUUAUUAUAACAGUUAAUAACCAAUAGGAUGUUUUAAAACGAGAGGUGUUGAAUGUCUGGGGAGGUUCAGAUGUUUUAUGUUGUGCCCUGAAAUGAUAAGGCAGCUUAAAAACACUUGGGGUUUCACCCAUGUUACAUCUCAAUUAGUACACCCAUCCCCUCCAAAAAAAAAAGAAAUAUAUAGACUUAUAAAAUUUGGUGUAUCUGAUAUCUA